AUGCAACUGCUAAUGGACAAUGUGCUGAGCAGCUAUCACAUGACCACGGAGGGGGCCCCAGGACGGCAAGCCACACUGGACAGAAACACACAGCCAGAUCAGUCCACAGUGCCAGGAUUCAGAAGUCAGUUUCGAAGUAGCCCAAAGACAUCCAACCUGCUGGAGGGCCCAUGCGAUACAGUGAUGUCCCUUGCUUUGUUGAGAUCAUUUCUGAUACUGUGGAAGCAGCUGGAAGUACUAAAGGAGCACUGGGGCCGACUCAAGCUGCAAGGCCAGGACAUCAACUCUGUCUCUCUCUACAAACAAUUCUCAGAGCUCUACGAAAGUGACAUUCUCUACCCCAGCAUGAAAGUUUUAGCCAGGCAGAUGGGGAAAGAAGACGAAUUUGAAGUACUUACAAUAAAUAGUGAGUCUAUUCUUCCCCCAAAAGGAGCUUCAGAAAUUGAAAUAAAAGCUCAGCAGCUUCAGAAGAUUCUGGAAAAUUUUGAAAUUCAUAUGAUCCAGGAGGUAUUGAGAAAAGUUAACAGAGAGAUGACACUGGUUUUAUCAGAAAAAUCCAAGCAGGCAUGUACUCUCCCUACAGAUCUUUGGAAACACCAAGUCAUGAAAGAAAACUUUUCAGUCAUAAGACCACAGAUAGUUGAAAAAUUUAUACAGAGAUUAAUGGAGGAUUACCAGGAUGGUGGACUAGAGGUCACUUUCAGGAAAGACCACCUUGAAGCCUGCCUCCUUUCCCUGGGUUGUGAUGUGAUGGCAAGAGAGCGCAGCAACUUUGAGACCUACUCCAUGUGUUACGAGCAUGUGUUGCAGCAUGCUACACAGAGGCUCUGCCAGAAGGAGCAGGAAUUAGAUGCUAUACGAAGAGGUCAGGGUCCACCUGAAGACCAUGCUGGCCAGGUUGCAGAGCUUAGUCACGAUAUGAUCAUGGAAAUCACUGCUCUGAGAGCCCAACUCACAGACUUGGAAGAGGAGAAUCUGAAUCUUAAAAAGCAGAUUAGAAAAGAAGUCCAAAAAGAAUAUGAAGCAUUGGUCCAAGCUUUGUUUGCGACCUGUUUACACAUAAAAGAGAAGCUGGAAGAGAAUCAGCUUAACUUGAUCCAGAAUGUGUGUGAGCUCAUCGGCGAAGUAAGAACAGAAGGGAUUGACAAUAUGAAGGACCUAAAGAAAAAGUGGGGCUCUGCCAGACCUGACGAAGGAAGGAAAGAAAACCCAGCCAAAGAGCAGCUGUGGGCCUUGGAGCGGGAUAACUGCAGCCUGGCCGCCCUGGUGUGCAAAGUGAGGAGCCUGGGUCGCUGGAGGCUGGCCGUGCAACAGGCGCACUUCCGGGCCCAGCUGAGCAGGGCAGAGAAGGAAUCCAUUCAAAGUAAAAAAGAGUAUUUGAGCAUCAAGCUGAUGGCAGACCAAGAAGUGGGUUUACUUCGCCAACAGUUACUGGCUCUCAGGCAGGCCCUGGCCAGGGCGCAGGCUGACAACGUGAGGAUGUGGAAGCAGCAGGGUGACCAGGCUCAGUGGCUGAAGGAGUUGGAACACAGAGUGACCCAGGAAGCCCUCACCCGGCAGCAGCUGGAUGUCAUGAAAACAUCCAGCAUGGAGAAGCUCCUGGAAGAUGUCGGGCAGAAAGAACAGCAACUGCAGCUCCUUACUGAUGAGGCCGAGAGGGCGUCUAAGCGGGGCCAGCUGCAGCAGAAGAGAAUGAGGAGGGAACUCCAGCAGAUGAGAAGCCGGCUUGCCCAGGAGCGCAGCGUGAAGCUGGAUGCUUCCCAGCGUGUAGAAGAGCUGCAAAGUCAGCUUAAUGACGCCAGGCCAUCGUCCGUCCAGAUGAGCUCACCAGGAGGUUUCAUAUCCCAGGGUCAGUACUCCCUAAGUUCUGCUUCCACACCAUCCAGAUACUCCCAGCGAUGCUGUUUAAAGAGUAAUCUCACAGGCAAUAAAACGACAAGAAGGAUUCCAAGGCCAAAGACUGUGCCUAUUAAAUACAAAAAAAGGAUUGAUGAUGUUUUCCUACCCAGUGUGGCAGAAAAUGUUCAACUUACAGCUUUUCAAGUCCAAACAGCUCCAUCCAGAAUCCCAUUCAGACCUGACUGGUAA